AUGACUAUCACGACACCUCUCUUCAACGACCUCGUGGCCCAUGCGAUUGCAAGCCACGGCGGCGGCUCCCCAGAGCAAUUAUCCGUCUGUGACAAUUCGUCAGAAUACCAGCCCAACGGUUUCCAGAACAACACCAACCCCCAGUCGAACCUGGCAGCCAUCUUCAAAACCAUGGCUAAUCUCAGCCAAACCGCACUGGAAGGUCCGGCCAUCCUGUCACAAAUCUUUGGCAUCUACGUCUUUGUCUCUUACUUUUGUGGCGUCCAGAUUGGGCCCAUCUUCGACGCCCGGGGACCGCGCGGGCUGAUGUUGAUCGGGAGUGCGUUUUUGCUGAUUGGUACUUUUACGCUCGGCUUGUGCAACGAGUACUACCAGUUCGUCCUCGCGUUCUCCAUCCUCAGCGGCAUCGGGAACUCGUUCCUCUUCACCCCAGCAAUGGGCGCCAUCUCGCACUGGUUCCACGAACGGCGCGGCGAAGCAAGCGGAUUCGCCUUUACCGGCAGCGGAUUUGGCGGCGUGCUCUUCCCACUGAUGAUCCAGUCGCUACUACCACAGGUAGGAUGGGCGUGGUCGACACGCAUCGUCGGCUUCGUCUUCCUCCUGCUGUGCGCCCUCAGCGUCAUCCUCUGCCGCAGCCGACUGCCACCCAAGCGAGGUGCAGCCACCUCCUGGCGCGACAUGGUGCCCGACCCGCGCAUAUUCAAAGACGGCACGGGCACCAUGGCCGUCACCACGGCGGGUGUCUUUCUCCUCGAGUGGGCGUACUUCAUCCCCGUGACGUACAUCCCAAGCUACUACCUCACCCGACAGGGCCUCCUAGAAGGCGGGUCCGUCAGCGGUGCAGCGGCCUUUGCGUACCAGCUACUUGCGAUUCUCAACGCCGUGUCUUGCUUCGGCCGCUAUCUCAUCGGAUACAUCGCUGACAAGAAGGGCCGGUAUAAUACCAUGAUCGUCUCUAACCUCAUCUGUUUCGCUGCCGUUAUGGGUCUGUGGCUGCCUGACGCGCUGGCCGACGCGCCGCCCAGCAAGGCUCUCCUUAUCACGUUUGUCGUGGUCUUUGGUUUUGCCAGCGGCUCUAAUAUUAGCUUGAUGCCUGUUUGUGUUGGUCAGCUGUGCACUACCCAUGACUAUGGCAGAUACUAUGCUAGCGCGUACACUGUGGCUAGUAUUGGCUGUCUUACUGGGAUCCCCAUUGCUGGGAACCUCAUCACGUCUACUGGUGGAGGUCGUCGCGGGUACUGGGGUGUUAUCUUGUUUACAGGCUUGAGCUAUGUGACUGCGUUUGCUUGCUUUCUCUGGGUGCGGAUACGUGUGAAGGGGUGGAAUAUACGGACUGUUUGGUAAGUUCGAGAAUAUGUUGCUAGGGCGUAUGAUUAGUGUAUAUACAUUGUGCACUACUUUCGUAUAUGUAGACUUGGCUCACAUGUUUUAUCCAGUCUCAGCAGCUGUCCACCUGUUCGAGGUGGUAAACUGCUGGAUUGAUACCAUGGCCGGGGUUCAUUCUAAGACUGUAGCGUGGCUAACUCUACCUAUAACCAAGUUAGCUAUAUGACUGAAUAUACAGCUGU